AUGCCAUUCCCCAACCACCGCCCCGUCGCCGCCGGCAAGCGCCCUCCCGCCGUCCCCGCGUCUCCCCCCACCACCGGCCGCCGUCUCCUCUCCACUAGCCCCUUCUCCCCACCAUCCCUCGGCUCGCCACCAGCUCGCCCGGCCUGGAUCACAUCGACGCUGGUCGCCGUCUCCCUCCCCCCUGCACCAGGUCGACAUGCCGCCACCGGCUUCCCCCACCUCCCAAGCGCAGCCCCAUCCUCGCAGACGAAAGAGGAUGCGACGCGCAGCAGCCACAACGGCGGCGUGACUCGCCUGCUCGUCGACGCAGCCUGUGUCGACGAUUCGACGGCGCGCGCGGCUCCGUCGAUCAUGCCGGUCCGCGGCGUGGUGCUGCACGCAGCCGCGGGCGCCGGCGACCAGGAGGUCGACCUGCUCGUUCCGGAGACGCCGCCGUCCUGGGGCUUGUCGGCGUCGGCCUCAAAGAGGAGAAGAACUGAUGCUGCUGAAGGGCAGAGGAGUUGUGCUGCUGAUGGCAGGGUUUCGCCAUGGCCGGCAAGGGCAGCCUGGAGCGCCUCCAAAAUUAGUGGUACUACGUGAUCUGCAAGGAGCUGCCAAUGCUGAUUGUGGAUCGCCCGCUUGCCCAGCAACAUGUUGGGAGUGGUGUAGUAGGGGCCAAGGAGAUCACAGCCAUCGUCACCAAGAGAGUGCACCGCGCCGGAGUGAAGUUUCUUGUCUAUCUUGCAAGAUCUAGCAACUAACCUUUCCAUAGCACUAUUGUAUAUAAGAUUUGCUAAACCAAUUCAGAUGUAAGGUUGAUUCUUCUCCUAUGAUUUUCACACAUAUAUACAAUUUGUCGUAACUGACCUACUGAUCUUGGUUCUGCCCCUGGCCGGGGAACCUCAGCGACUUCGACAGCGACGACGAUGACGCUGACGAGGAGGAUGAGGACAACGAAGGCCCGGUCGGCGGCCACUGGAGCAGCGACGACGAGCCCACCGGGAGUAGCGCCGACAGCGGCGACGAUGGCGAUGACGAGGGCAGUGACGGCCCGUAGAUAGGACUUCUAGCAUAGGACCAGUAGUAGUAGAUGGGGCAAUGUAUCCCCUAGUAUUUCCUUUUGAGAGCAAUCAGCUCUUUAUGUAAGAAAUCCUGCUUAUCA